AAUAAAUACUCCAUACAAUAGUGUUGUUUUUUUCUUUUCCCUCUAAAAUUUGUAUUUUUCAAUGAUAAGAAGAGAUCAUCAUUAUAAAAGUCCAAUGAUAAAUUAAUUUUUACUAAUUAUCAUAAAUUCUCCAGUGAAAGUCCUUGUCACACGAAAACUCGCACACACACACACACACAAAACAAAAACAAAAAAAAAUAUAGUUGGCUGCUUUAUUUGGGUUUCUCUCUCUUUUAUGCUUCUUCUUCUUCUUCUUCUCCCUGCUGAAAAGUGAAAACUACACACAACUCAAAUCACUAGGGAUUCCACCGAGUUAAUAAUAAACCCCAAUUAUGCUAUGGUAUCUUUUUGUUUUUCUUUCAUUCAGUAAUACUUUUUCCCAACAAUAGUAAUAAUCUUUAUACAAUUCCGUGUACGUUUGUGCAAAUUUUGUUUGAUUCUGCGCCAUGUCUGACUAUCAUGUAGCUUCAAUUUCAUUGGUUUUUGCAUAUACAUCACCAGUUUUUUUUUAAAAAUUUUUUUGUUAUUAGCUGCUUCGUUUAUGUGAGUUCUUAGCUUUUUUGUUUCUGGGUUUUGUUUAUUUUUGCUUGGUUCGAUUCGAUUCAUUGAUUAUGCUGCUGAUGUUUCUAUUUUUCAUGCUGGUGUCCGCCGCUUGCGAAGUUUUGUCCUUGGUUCGGCAGGAUGAGAUGUUUAGGGUUUAUGUGGGGAUUCUGUUGUUGAUUAUCUCUGUGAAUUUUGAGAUUUUUUUUACUGUCUUGAUGUUUGUAAGGCUUGUGUUCUUAAGUAUUCUUAUUUGUAACUGGGUUCUGCUGCAAAUUCUGGGUGGAGUUUCUUUUCAUUGAUGUGGAAUUUAAAUUUUGUUGGUGAUAUUGUUGGAUUUCAGAAAGUGUUUCUUGUGGUGUGUUUUGGGUUUUGUCUGCUUUUGUCUGUCUUACUGUUGUACUGGUUGAUCUGUAUAUGAGGAUUCUGGAGUUGGGUUUGAUGGAUGUUAAGAUUCAUUGGAGGCAUAUCAUUGAUUAACUCUGACUUCAUGGCAUGAAACUAGUUGUAUACCAUGCUAGAUUAAAGUAGUUUCUUUCCAUGGUCACAAAACUGUGGAAUAUGGUUGAAGUACUAUUUAACUUUGUACGUACUUGGUAUUUUGAAUUUCACAUUUUUUUCCAACACUGGAGUCUUGAAAUAUUUAUAAACUUGAUAAUGGCAAAUAGUGAUUAAAGAUUCAGAAACUUUUCCUAGGAGUGAGGCGUCUGUCUGACAUAAAUAAGCUUAUGAGCUGUUUGUAGGCAUGUCUAAGAUUAACCAACUAUAUGAAUCAUAGUGGUGUGGUCAGUUGGUGCUUGGAGGAUACUGUUUCAAUCUAGUUUGUUCGUUUGCAGUCGUUGAUUUUUCUGAAUUCCAUACUUGCACGUAAGUGCCGGUCAUUGUCCAGUAGUCUAGGCCAAUUUAGUACUACUUUGUUGGUUGUAUAUUCAUAUUAAUCAAAUAACAUAAAGCAUUCGUACCCAUAUUCUAUGUAUAUAUAUAGGUGAAUUAAACCUUUCAUUCGUUUGGGGUUUUGAUUGAAGUCUCAAAUGUCUUAUGCUGAGCGAGUAUGAUGUGUUACUGUGUUGACCUUGUAAAUUUUGAUAAUAGUAACAGAAGUUGGGUAAAUUUGUCGGUUUCCAUUUUAUGAAAUAUUUUGAUUCCACUCUUACACAGAGAUAUUUUAGUUCAGCUACUUGCGUGAAUAUUGGUUUAGAUUGUGGACUUUCUUAAUACAUAAAAGUUGCAAGGUUCUCUUUAGCAUAAGGAUUCAAGUUUUUCACUUACAUUUCUUACUUUUGUAAAGCAGACAACUGAGAGAAUGAGAAAGUGCAAUAUUGCUUCUGGUUGAUAUCAAGAAUAACUUCACCAAGAUGGGGGGCUGCUGUUGCUGUGCUUCAAAGGGUCCCGAACUUAAUAACCCAGUACCUAUUUAUCAUGUGCAUCCUGGGGUACCACCUCAAGUACACCGGCCCCUGUCAUCUACUCGUGGCACAGUCUCUUCUGUCUCCACUGGUCUUUUAGUUGAUACAAACUUAGAUACUUCGAUUCCAGUUACUUUUAGAGCCCCUCCAGUCCCUGUACCAUAUGAAACACAAGUCGGUCCCCCUCAAGAAAGUCGUGGUGGCAAGAAUGAACCAGUGGAGAAAUCUGUGGCAGAAAUGAAUUCUGGGAGCACCCAAGUGGGUGCUGUGAAAGCUGUAGAGGCUGAUGGUGUCACAAAUAGCAAUGCCGAACUCACUAAAGCUAAAGAAGUGGAGGACGAGGAUCUUAAGAAGUCUACUGAACCCUUUGAUACAUCUCUACUGGAGGAGGAGGAUGUUUGCCCUACCUGUCUUGAAGAAUAUGAUAAGGAGAACCCAAAAAUCAUUACGAAAUGUGAGCAUCACUUUCAUCUGGCAUGCAUUCUUGAAUGGAUGGAAAGAAGUGACACAUGCCCUGUGUGCGAUAAGGAAAUGGUUUUUAGCACAGCCGAUGAUUCUUGACUCUAGGAACUGUAGGUUUAAUAUUUUCCCCGUCUAGGUGCUGCUAAGUUAUUCUAUUUUAAGAUGAGUCAAAGGAAGAUUAAAAAAAUAAAGAAUCUGGUUCGAAAAGAAACAAGAAAAGAAAGCCAAAAAAUCUGAAACUUGAAGCGAACUCAAGUACAUGGGAGUCUGGAACAUGAAGCAAAUGGUAUACUCAAGUACACGUGAAUUGUUCGUGCAUUCUCUGUAUAUCCAUACUACUAGUCCAGGAGCUUCGGAAGGAUUUAUUGACAGUUUGGCAUUGAGUUCAUUCGUCAUGGCAAUGCCAUUUCUUUAGUCGUGUUAGCUCAUGUUCUGUGAUGUUUUCUUCUGCUUUUUCCUGCUGUUUGUCUUCAUUUAGGUACUUGACUUUUAAGUUUUCGGUUUCUUGGGACAACUGCUUCAAAUGGGGUCUGUAAAUUGUGUAGGAAUCUGCCGUAGUUUAGACUUUAGAUUAUCUGGUUGGGAGUGAUAAUCAUAAUGGUUGAAGGGAGAGAUUUUGGGGAAUAGGGUGAAAAAUAUGCAUCAUUGAUUCUAUAUAUUUGUGUAUAUAAAGACAUUCAAUAUUCUUACAGACGUUGGCUUUUUUUGGGUAACAUGUGAUUCUGGGCAUUUCUUCCUCGUAUCUUCUUAGUUGCUCCCUAUCUUUGUCAUCUUUGCAAGUUCCAAGGCUAUGGAAACAAGCAUUUUUACUGUUGAAGUAACUUACGGUACAUUUUGGUAGAGAAGAUGAUUUUUUUUUUUUUCACUUUGGUCUUUGCUUCCUUUUGCAUCUUGUUAGCCCACGUUUAUGGAUUUGUCAUUUGACUAUUUGAGGACUGAAUGGAAUGUCUCCAUGGUAAGGA